UGCAGGUAAAUCGGAGCAGCGGAAGUAGCAGUUUUUGCUCUUUCUUUAAUUCAACCUUAAACGUUUUGAUGUCCACGUGCAGAGAUGGGAAUGCAACAUUAUCACUGGAGGAAUCAAUUCUCCGAUUCAACACCCUCCUGAACAGCACCUCCCUCUGGGAUGGCGGAGACAGGGGGGACGUGGGGUCAGCCGUGACAGUCCUGCUGCAGAGCGUAGAACUGGCCGCACUGGCCACUGCACUCCGAUCUCCGGAGAGGACACUGAACAUGACGACAGAGUCGAUGGCUGUCCAGACGCGGCUCGUCACAGGGAACUGCAGCCAGGACAGUGAGGUCUUCACACUGAGAGCUCACGAGGAGACGAUGGAUGUGCACUGUGAUACAGUCCCCAGGGCAGCCACACAAGCAGGUUUGGGGGCUGUUGCUUUUAUUUCCUACUCCACCCUGGACUCCAUCAUCACUGCGAGACGUCUCAGCGAGGGAAAUCUACCGGCUGGUGGGAAGCUGGAGAAGAGUCAUCUCAACUCCAGGGUGGUGAGUGGGGCCGUCGGAGAUGGGAGACCCAUUAACCUCUCCAGACCCGCACACUUCACCCUGCGCCACAGACAGGUCAAAAAAGAGGAGGAAGAGGCUCUCUGUGUCUACUGGAAAGUAGUGGCCGAGAGCGGCAGCUGGUCUCCGGACGGCUGCACCGCCGUGCACACGAACAGCACUCACACCAACUGCAGCUGUGACCAUCUCUCCAGCUUCGCCGUCCUAAUGGCUCCCACCAGAGUGAUGGAGAGUUACACACUGACCAUCAUCACCUACGUGGGACUGAUCCUCUCCCUGCUGUGCCUCUUCCUCGCCAUCCUCACCUUCCUCCUGUGCCGCUCCAUCCGCAACGUCAGCACCUCCCUCCACCUGCAGCUCUGCCUCUGCCUCUUCCUGGCCGACCUGCUCUUCCUCACCGUGGUUACCCGCACCCGCAGUCAGGUGGUGUGUGCUGUCAUUGCUGGCCUCCUACACUACCUCUUCCUGGCCUGCUUCUCCUGGAUGUUCCUGGAGGGGCUGUUUCUCUUCCUCACCGUCAGGAACCUGAAGGUCGUGAAUUACACCAGCGCCAGCCGGUUCAAGAAGAGAUUCAUGUACCCGUUCGGCUACGGAUUCCCAGCCCUGGUGGUGGCUAUUUCUGCAGCGGUGAAUCCUGACGGCUACGGAACUUCCAAACACUGCUGGCUCAGCCUGGACAGAGGCUUUCGUUGGAGCUUCCUGGGUCCAGUCUGUGCCAUAAUCCUGAUAAAUAUAACGUUCUUUACCGUGACCCUGUGGAUCCUGAGAAACAAACUCUCCUCUCUCAAUGCAGAUGUGUCCACCGUCAGAGACCACAGGUUACUGACCUUUAAAGCCAUCGCCCAGCUCUUCAUUCUGGGCUGCACAUGGAGCCUUGGUCUCCUCCAAGUCGGCCCAGCAGCCACGGUCAUGGCGUAUUUAUUCACCAUUGUCAACAGCCUGCAGGGAGCCUUCAUCUUCCUGGUGCACUGUCUCCUCAAUCGCCAGGUGAGAGAAGAGUACAGGAGAUGGAUCAAGAGAUUCAGAAUGUUCAGUACAAAGUCUGAGACAUACGAUCUCUCCAUGUCUGCUGUCCCCACCACCAGCACCAACACGGAUUGGCAGUGCAGACGGAUCAUCCCCAAUGAGCUGUCAGUGCAGACGGAUCAUCCCCAAUGAGUAGUCAGCACCGUGAAGAAUUUCCCUUGGCCCCAUUAUCCCUAUGGGUCAGGGAUCCAGGGGCUCUGAGCAUCACCUCCUAGAGACAAUGCACCGGUUUGCACAUUACACUCUUAGUGGCUUUGGAACCUAUUGUCAUUUUUCUGCUUUUCUUGCCAAGUGUAACCCUUCUGCCAGGUGGAGUCGGCAGCAACCCGGUCCAGGUUCAAUACCUAAGGGUUCCAAUACAAAACAGAACCAGCUGGAGCCCCCACCCAGCAACCUGGGAAAACUUCAGACCACCUCAGGCACCUCCAAGAGGCAAUACGUCCCCUCUGCACUGAGUCUGUGUAUAACAAAGAGAACUUUUAAUAAAAAGGGGAAAGGAACCUGGCAGUAAUCUGGGAAAGCCCACAACCACUAUUCGAAAGCUUGUGACCAUGAGUAAGGCUAAGAUAUUUUUAGUAAAAAUCACCCACAGGUUGCGGGAAAUAAACAAAAAUUCACGAUAGCCUGUGAUCUGUCCUGACUUUCACUAAAAAUAUACUGACAAAACAGGGAGGCGGUUCAGCUCAGCGCCACUGCUGCUGGAGCUCCAGGGUCCCCCACCACCAUGGCAGUGAGUGGGCGCUUCGAGGAGCUCCAUGCCACCUGUGGGAAGUGGAAGCUCUAUGGUCCCCCAUUUCUCAUGGGGGAUGGGCUGCUGUGGGGUACCCUCACCCCCUGCGGUGGCUGAGAGCUCCAGGGGGUCCCUCCUCUUCCUGGCAUGGCUGGGCAACUGCAGAGGGUCCUCCGUCACCCACCAUGGGGGAGUCGGAGAUGCUUGGUGAUGGAGACAGCCUUCUCCCUGCCGCUGCUGCACCCUACGCGGCCCCUUUCCAAGGCAUCAAGAAGAUCAGCAUCGCGGCUGAGCCCAUGGGAGAAGACAAGUCCGGGCAGUGGAGCCUCACAAGGUGACGUAAUCGUAGCCUUAGCCAUGAACAAAAUUCUACCCCAGAAUAUAUUGGGCAAUGUCCUUUGCCUCAGUUUCUCCCCUUGUGGUGUGAAAGUCCAACAAAUUCUCCUUUAACCUGCCUUUGCCUUUUCCCUCCCCUGCACCCCACUCACAGCUGCUGUCCCUGGCUGGUGAAGACCCAGAGUUCAGAGCGUUCAUGUGAAUUAAACUCCUGCUGGAGGGGUGGGAGGUGGGGAGAUGCCGUCGAGGAAUGCCUCGGCUGCUGCUGCCAUCACCACAGAUACAACCGAGGUCUGGUCUGAACUACAGACCUAUAUCGGUGUAACUAUGUUACUCAGGGGGGUGAAAAAUCCACACACACCUGCUCCCGGUGUGACAUAGUUUUACCAGCCUGACCCCCUGUGUAGACACCGCGGUGACAUUCUAUACUCUAUGUGCCCAGGAGGGCUGGACAGAGUGCUGUGUAGGGAGAGCUUAAGGAAAGCUUUGUGGGGCUGCAAGAGGGCAGGUGACAGGAUGAUGGGGGUAGUUCAUGGAGAUAUACGUGCAGCGAGGUAGAUGGCUGUUGCCCCUGGCUCAGCCGUCCGGCCUGCAGAGGGGUUCAGCUCUGGAAGACGAGUCGGGCCCUCCGUGCUUCCCUGGGAUACACGGUUGUCCCAGUUUUCCUCUGCUGUUCCACCGGGAGCCCUGAGAUUCUCAAGUGGAGGGGGGAACCAAUUCUGAGACCGUCCCAUCUGCAAAGCCGGGAGGGGACCAGGAUAACAUCACUGCUGAAGCAACAAGCCGGCUCGUGCCCUGUGCGAUGUAGUUAUAUCCAUCUGACCUCCAGUGUAGACAGCACUGUGCUGGCAGGAGAGCUUCUCCCAUCAACACAGCUACCACCUCUCAGAGAGGUGGAUUAACUACACCGAUGGAGAAGCUCUCUCCCGUCAGCAUAGAGCAUCUCCAUUAAAGUGCCACAACACCACAGUUGCCUCGGUGCAGUUGUGCUGAUGCAGCAUGUUAAGCGUAGACGGGCCCUAAGGCUCAGCGGCUAGACCUGGUUCUCAGUGAUUUCAGCUCUAGCGAUCACUUAACAAAACAAAGAUUCUCCAGUGUGUCUGAUCAGCUCUGCCUUUACAUAGAGACGGGGGAGAGGGUCAAAUGGCAUCUAGGACACUUUAGGCAGAGCCAACACCCCCAAAUACAGACACCUGUCCAGACCCUCUUUCACUCUCACUCUCACAGGAGUACUAAUGUGGACACGAGAACGAAUGGAUAUAAACUGGCCGUGGGGAAGUUUAGGCUUGAAAUUAGACGAAGGUUUCUGACCGUCAG